AAAACCGGAAAUUCAAAUCAAUUAGACCUCAGGUCAGAUAACGAAAUAAACAGAAACAAGGAAGUUAAGUUUUACGCAGUUAAAAUGAAACAACUACUGUAUUCGAUCGCUCUUUUCGCGACGAUAUGUCUGGUAUAUUCAUCUUCAACGACCAAAGCGACACAGGCCCCGGUCACAACCAGCCAGCAAUCAACCACAAAAGCAGUUACAUCACAACCACCGACUCCUUCUACAACAUUGGAACCAGGUGCACUGGCAAUGACAAAAUGGCAAGAGUGUCAGCUUGGAAACACAAGCUGCGAUGCCUGUGUGGGAGUCGGCACUGUACAGUGUGUUUGGUGCUCGUCUAGCAGCAAGUGUGUACUGAAGAAGAAUGCGAUACCUACCGACGAGUGUGGAGGUCUCUCACAGGCCAGAUGGGGCGUCUGCUGGUUGAACUAUGAGGCCCUGAUCAUUGCCUGCAGUGUGAUUGGUGGGCUGCUGAUACUGGCGCUGACAGUCUGCAUUUGCUGCUGCUGCUGCUGCAAGAGAGAUAAAAGUGCCAAAUAUGCAAAGGACGAUGCCAAAAAUGCAAGAAAGAAGGAAGACAUGAAGGCCAAACACGACGAGAGGCGUGCAGAAAGAAAAGCCAAGACUGACGAGAUUAGGAAGAAAUAUGGAAUAAACUCAGGAGGUCUUGUCAAGGAAGAGAAUCCCUACACAAGAUUUGAUGAUGCCUAAAGCAGAUUGUUUCCCCUGCAUAUGUUCCAUCAGGGUUUACUGCUACCAAAACAUGUUGCUGUUCGAUUAAGAUUUUGUUAUCUUUUUUUUCAUUUUGAAGUUAAUUGUUGUGUGAUGAAUAUGUUUGUCAACUGGAAAUUUGAGUCUUUGGAUUCAUUUAAGAGAUCUACAUUUAUGUUAAAAAUACAUUUAAAUUCCUGACCAAUGUAGUAUUGAAGUUUGAACUGGCCGAGAGAGGAAAAUUCACUGAUAUAUGUGUAGUACAUGUACUAAAAUAGCAUAUAUACAUCACUGGUAUGUUAUAUUUUUUUAUAAACAUAUACAAUGACAGUUUUCAUAAAACGUUUGAACAAGUACCUUUCAUAUAUGGAUACAUUUUAGAUUUGAAAUUCCAAAAAGGACACUUUAAAUAGUACUUUUAAGCUGGGUUUUUGAGAGUUUAUAAAUUUUAGUAAGGAUGAUGGACACAAAUUUGAAAUGAAGAAGUGAACCUAGGUACCUUUGUAAGAAUAGUAAGAGUUUUGAAGCUUUCAACUUAUUGGUGAGUGGGACAUCUGAUGGAAUGGACUAAUUUCCUUUCUGUUAUCUGAGAAAAGGAUGGGACUUGUACAGUCACUAUACUGGUAUUUAGUUAAUAAUUUUCUUGCAAUCAUAGCUUUAUUAAUAAUAUAUAAGUAUUUUUUUUUAACACUUGUUUAUUUUUUAUUGAUGUAUGCAAUUGUGAAACACAAGAAAUAAUUAUCCUGCAAUUCUUUUUUGGUAUCUGAAAUACUUACUUAGAAUUUGCAAAACAUGGUAAAUGUUCUAAAUUUUCAGUUAUUUGUACUGAAUGUGUAACUAGUAUUACUUAAUGGAUUUAUUCAUUUUCUGUCAUGUAGUUUUAGUAAGAUUUAUAUUAACUCAACAUGUAUAAGAAAUACAAUAUAUUUUUGUAUGAUUUAAUGUGCCUUGGAACUCAUAGAUAAACAAUUAUGUAAACAAACAGCUCUAUGUGUAAUUUAUGUAUAUAUUGACAAACAUGUUGCUCAUUGUCGUCAAAACUUCAUGUUAUGAAUCAUUCAUACCUUUUAAUAUGUUCAUUUUGUGAAUAAUUUGUAUGGUUUUGCUUUUUGUCAAGUAUUCAACAUUCUCAAUUUCUUUUACUUAUAAAUGCAUUGUAUUCAGUUAAAGUCAAUUUUUCUUCAUGCCAUUGAUUAUCUACAAAAGUUCUCUCCGCAUAUGCCCAGUUAUAAUUAAAGAAUUACUUAAGUAGUUAUUUGGUUACUUGAAGGUUAAAGUUUAAAUAAGAUUUAAUCACGUUCUGGAAAUUGCAAAAUAAAUAUGGAAUUAAAAACAGGAUGGAUGUUUUUUGUGAUUGUAUUUCAUAAUAUAUGUGUAAAUAUUGUCUAAAAGUAUUUUGGCAUUUUUCAGUUUCAGCUCUUUAUCUGUAUUUCGUUUUAACUAUUAUUCAAUAUAUAUUAUUUAACCAUAAUAGUUUAUUUUAACUUUACAGUUUUUAUUUGUAACCUUUUUUCAGUUUUAAUCAGAGCUCUAAAGUCCCAUUUGCCUACAUUUAUAUCAGGUGUUGUGUAGCCUUCAUGUAUGUAAGGUGUUAUGUAGCCUACAUGUAUAUAAGUUGUUGUGUAGCCUACUUGUUAAGAAGGUGUUGUGUAACCUACAUGUAAAUAAGGUGUUAAGUUACAUUUGCUGACUUAUUUAUAUCAUAGGACAAAUUUAAGAUCCCAUCUGACAUGAAUCUAUCUUAACUUGCAAUAAGAAAUCUGCAACCAUGCGAACUUCAGGAAUUUAAUAAAUAUCUCAUAUUAAGUGAAAAACUAGCAAUCCUUAUAAUGAUCAAUAUUGACAGUUUGUGUGUAACAUGAAUGUUAGGCCACUGCAUUUUCAAAAUCUAACAGUUAAGAAGAGACAUCCUUAAUUCGAAAAAAUCCGUGAAAGUGGAAAGUAUUUUCGCUGAUAUCCCUGUGAUGAUGGCAAAAGCUAAUCUGGGAUGACACUUUACGGACAUGCAUUAAGUCUAGUUUUCCCAGAACAAUGCUCACCACGAUUACUAUAACUGUCCUUGUUUGAAAUAAUACUCAGUUACUCACUCAUAUUGUUAAGAGUGUUUGCUUGUUUUCAUCACAAAUAAAAUAUUAACAUAA